AUGUCGGACCACAAUCAAUUUACACCAGCGUUUGCGCCGUUCUUUGGCAUGGCCGGAGUUGCCUUUGCUAUGGUAUUCGGAUGCGCCGGCGCAGCCUACGGUACCGCCAAGUCCGGAAUCGGUAUCUCCGGUGUCGGUAUCUUUCGACCGGAACUCAUUAUGAAGUCCCUAAUUCCCGUCGUCAUGUCCGGUAUUCUGGGGGUUUAUUCUCUAGUGGUAUCGGUCUUAAUCGCCAGCGAUUUGGACCCUACUUUAAGCUAUAGUUUGUUUAAGGGGUUUUUACAUUUAGCGGCGGGAUUGAGUGUGGGGCUUUCAAGCUUGGGUGCGGGGUAUGCGAUUGGCAAGGUUGGAGAUGCGGGUGUAAGAGCGUACUUAUCGCAGAGCAGGGUGUAUGUUGGGAUGGUGCUGAUUUUAAUUUUCGCUGAAGUUUUGGGUUUAUACGGUCUCAUUGUCGCACUGAUCUUGAACACCAAAGGAAGCGGCUAA